AUGCUGACACGCUGCCUGCCCACUAGGUUUUCCAGUAAGGGUUACAAACGCAGCAGGACCGGAAGGAAAGGAGAAUCAGAUGGCACGCAUAAUGACCAAGUUGGGAAUGUGUUCAGAGAAGAUGAAAACGCAGACUGGGUUUUGCUUCUUUUUUUCUUUUUAUCAGAUUCCGUUGGUUCUGGGCCCCACCCCCGGUAUAGCACAGGCAAGGGGGCCUGCCUGGAGGAGGGGGCUGCCCACCUGGCCCAGGGACACUGCCGUGGGUUCUGGUUGGAGCUGCCUUCUCGGCUCCAGGAGCCCUUUUCUGCCUCAUGGUGGCCGGUGGGGUUCUGCACACGUCUGCCUGAUGCCUGUGUUGGUGGGAGGAGGUUGCAGAGGGAGCGGGGCCCCAGAGGAGGGACAGGAGGGCCCUUCACAGCUGUGGCCAGAGUCCUAUCCCUUGAGCCAGGCCAGCCAACCGGUCACCAGGUGACCGGGUGA